GUUAAUGCUGUUGGAAUUACUAAAGACAAUUCCUCCUAAACUUAGAGGAACAAGCAUUUAUGGACGGCUUAGAUGUCAAUGUCAAGGGGCCAUUUUUGCUUACUCAAGCAAUGGCAUCAACUCUCCUUGACUCCUUGAAAAAGAAAUGAAUGGUGGAGCUAUUGUAAAUGUUUCAAGCAUUGUAGCAAAGUCAGGAAAUAUGGGACAAGCUAGUUAUUCAGCAAGUAAAGCAGCUCUUCAGGCUUUAACAAAAACCUCUGCAAAAGAAUUGGCAAGGCAGGGAAUCAGAGUAAACUGUGUUCUUCUUGGAUUCAUUAACACCCCAAUGAUUGCUGCAGUUCCUGAUAAAGUUAAAAAUAUGGUUUUACAGUUCACAACUCUAAGAAGGCUAGGAGAGCCAGAAGAAAUAGCGGAAGUGGUAGCCUUCUUGCUGUCAGACAAAAGUAGCUACAUAACAAGUUCCUGCAUUGAAGUGACAGGAGGCUUCAACAUGUGAAUCAAAGUGGUAACCAUUAAUGUACAAAUUAAUUUUUAUCUAUUUUUAUAUGAGUUUAUAUUCUGGAUUAUUCUAGACACUUAUAUUGAACGAUCUAUACUUUUUAACAUAUAUCAAACACGAGUGAGACUAGUUUUAUGUAUAUUGAACCAGAGUAAGACUAGUUUUAUGUGGAAAAUGUUUACAUUAGCAUUUUAGGAAUUAAGCCAAUGUAAACUGCAAAAACUAUUUCUAUAAAUAAUGAUGUUGUGAUUUUAAUACCAGCUGUGUAGACAUCAUCUGAUUAAUUGCACACAUCCAUGGCCCAACCAGGUUAAGGCCCCACCAGGUUAAAAAUCGAGUUCUGAAAUCCCUAUUAGAGCAUGGGAGGUUCAUUCAAACUACCAAACUGAAUUCCUACCAAUUACAUACACCACUUGUGAGUUUUAUUGUCAAUAAUUCUCAUACGUAGAAGUUUUAAUGUCAUUAAUUCUCAUAGAAGUUUUAAUGUCAUUAAUUGUCAUGUGUACUUACUGCAUUAUACUCUAUAGUUUAUAGCGUAUAAUUUAUGCUUUGAUGUACAAGGAAUAUUAACUUACUUCAAGUAUUAUGCACAUCUUGAAUAUUAUGGAAUUAUUUCCCCAUUGGUUCCAAAUACAGCAAAAACAACUGCUAGUGGUGGCAGAAACAAGAGGCAAAGAAGUUGAAUAUAUUUGGCGUGAAAUCAUAUGGGUAUUAAUCAAUGCAAUGGUGGCAAUUUAGGCAUGUUGCCCCCCCCCCACCCUCUCACUAAAUAAAUAGAAAGUUAAGCAUUUGAAAGUAACAAAUGCCAUGUAAAGCAGCUUAAUACUAUUAGUACAAAAGAGAUACAAUAUGUUUAUUAUACAUAUGACUGGACUUUGUGUUGGGGAGUACAUGCAGUUGUUAUUGCAGUAUCGAGGGGUACUGAUACUGCACUAACAAGAGCAGCCAAAAUUAAAACUUGUAAUCUGGAAAGCUUUGGAUAACACUCCUGAGCUUGUAGUAUCCAGCUAAAAGAUUAGGGGUCACAAAAUUAGAGCUGUCUAUAGCUCUUCAAAAGAAAAUUUUGUUCCUUUUAUAUCAUCAAUUUUGCUUCCUGAAGGUUAACCUAAUAAUUUUUCUGCUUUGAGCUUUGGGGUUUGGCUCAUAAUCCUUUUGACUUGCCAUCAAUUGGUCUUCUUGUAGCUGCAGGCCAGUUUGUUUCACACCCAUCAUUUUCCUUCUUCCUGAAACCAAACAACUUGCAGACUGGUCAGACAACACUGUGACCAUUUUCUGCUCAUUGAGAGAUUUCAUAGCCUGGGUAUGCAGACAGUGAGUGUGACUGGAAUAGGAGUUGAUUCAACUGAAGACAGUUGUUAAGCGACAGGUUUGUACAAUGCAUGCUAUAUGAAAAAAAAAGUUUCACAAUGUUUUGUGGAGGUUAUGCAAUGCAUGGGCAUUCUAGAAUUUUAUUUCUCAAGAAGUUUGAUGAUGUUAAAACCUGAUAUCUUAAAGAUUCUGAAUUACUAUCUGCAUAGCUUAAGUUUGUCAGAUAGCAGUUCCAGAAUCUUUACCCUCCAAAAGAUGUUAACCAUGCUAUGUUGUAUGGGUUUCAAGUUACACUUCAACUAUUUUUAACAGCAGCUAAUAAGAGUAUUUGUUGUCCAACACUGUUUAUACGACUGACUGAAUA